AUGACAUUGCUACAUACUCGGAUUCGAAGAGCAGUGAUAAGAGUUCAACAGACUUUGAAGAAGACAAAACUCAUUUUAUCUUCUCUUGUAAAACUAAUCUCGGAAACAGCUAAAUUGGGCUUUACGCCAGAAGUUACUAUUAAUGAAGUGAAUGUACGCGAUGUUCCCGGCAUUCCAUGCAGAAAAGAAUAUACUGAUAUCCCGUCAGAUAAAUCCGUCGGUUUUUCAGCAAAAAAAGCAUCACUUGUCAACACGUCGUUUGAUUCACUGGAUGCCAGAAAUGCUCAUGCAGCAUUCAGUGAAGCGCCGCCGUCUCUGACUUAA